AGGUUGGCUGAACGAAGGGUGAGUCCUCUAACACUUGAUCCCGAAUUGGGUUUGGGAUUAGGAAGAGAUCUUGAGAGCUGGAGGGCUGAUUGGUGGGAUACGGAAAUUGUUAUUGAAUCGAUCUGGCUAUGCAAACCAAACGGGGUGUAUGGAUCUGUUGUUGGGACGUUGGAUCGCGUUCGAAUCGAUUUGGGUGACCUUGGAUACCAUCUCGCCCAAUCGUCUACAUCGCCUGCCAAUACCAACACCAAUACCACACCAAACGACCUCCUCGGAUCGAAUUCCGACAACGAACCUUCCUCGGCACAUACCAAGCAGGGUCAAACGGACCCCACCGACAACCUCUCGGACCCUUCCUACCCUACCCCCGCUUAUCCUCCUCCCGUGUCCCAACAACAACCUCAAGGGAACCCUUAUGCCGCCCAACAGACCUACACCGCCGUUCCCGGUAUGGGUUCCAACUCCAACUCCAACCCUGCACCUCAAGUACAACAAGGGGGGUAUUCGGCCGCGGGGGCUUAUCAGCAGUAUGGGCAGCAAGAUGGGUAUGAUACGGUAGGAGGGAGGGAGCCUGUACAGCAGGUCGGGAUGAACGGGGCUGGAGGGUCGGAUUUCUGGGCCGAGUUGACGGCGACGAAUGCGAGCUUGAACGAGAUGCAGGAUGCGAUCCAGCAGGUUAGGCAGGCUCACGUGGCCAGUCUGUCCCGCUUGGACACGACGCCCAACAGCGCCGCCGCCCGAGAGACCGACCAGUUGAUCGCCUCGACCCGUCAACUCACCUCGUCCAACAAGAACAAGAUCCAGGCGCUCAACAAGCUCGCCAAGGACAAGACUCAGAAGCAACAGGUCCAGGCUGCCAAGAGCCGGUUCAUGGGCUUGUUGCAAGAGUAUCAGACGGUGGAAAAGGAGUUUAGGAAGAAGGUCAAGGAGAGGGGGGAGAGGCAGUUCAAGAUCGUCAAGCCCGACGCGACUCCCGAGGAAGUCCAGCAGGUGCUCGAGACCGAGAACCCUCAGAUCUUUUCCCAGGCGCUCCUAAACUCGAACCGAUACGGUGACGCCCGGGGCGCCCUCCGCGAGAUUCAAGAGCGAAAUAACGACAUCAAGAAGAUCGAAAAGACCCUGACCGAGCUCGCGCAGAUGUUCAACGAAAUGUCCAUGCUCGUCGAACAGCAAGACGAGACGCUCGCCGUGAUCGAGAACCACGCGCAGCAGGUCGAUACCGACAUGGAGGCCGGGUUGAAACAUACCGAAGAGGCCGUCGUAAAGGCGCGAAAGGCGAGGAGGAAGAAGUGGAUCUGUUUCUGGAUCUCGUUGUUGAUCCUCGCGAUCGUCGUCGCAGUCGUGAGUCCCUCGUCCCCUUCCCGGCCGGUGUUGCGCUGGAUCCCAUGCGCAAUCGCGUCGACUGACUCCCGACCAUCUGCCAUACAGGUCGUCGGUGUCAUCUGCGGUGGACAAGGGAAAUGCUGAGCGGGUUCUCUAUCGACGUGACACGGACGUUUUCUGCUAUCCCGUAUUUCUUUGUCUCUUUGACCUUGUUCUUUCCUCGGCUGCUCGAUCCACCCAUUCGGACUACGGGUUGGCCAUUGCAAGCGGACUUCGGGUCGUGUCUCAGCAUGGAAACCCUGGACCGGCUCUGUCUUGCUACACUCUACCUUACUUACUCUUGCGAUCUACCUUUUUUUUACCGCCUUGUUUCUACAUCUUGUCAUCCCCGUACCAUGUCAUAGCUACGUAUACCAUGAGUGCCAUUCUUAAUAGACGGUCGAGACUGG